GCAGUUUUGUUUCUGUUGAAUCGUCUUUUCUUCAGUGUGUUACAGGUCCCUAAUGCUUUUAAAUGGUAAGUACAUUAUUUAAAAAAUUAACUAUAGGUAAGUGUGAAAAAGGUAUGUAUUGUAUGUGUUCUGGUUCAAGUUCAUAUUGGUGGUUUCUGAAAGUACCGUUUGAAGCAGCAUCAUUAUGCUUUUCUGUGGUGCUUUUUUGAGGUGUCUUGUUUAGCCAUGUUCAGAGCAAUAAAACAUUUUUCUUUUGCAGGUACCUCUCUGUCAUUGGAUUUGUCAUCAACAUUAACACGUUACUGCUGAUGAUUCCUGAACUGCUCCAAGUGCAGCGGUAUGUCCUCACAUACAGGUUCAGCCAAGAUCACUUGGAGCUCCUGUUUAAUUCCAUCAGAGCGUCAGGUGGCUGGAAUAACAACCCAUCAGCAUGCCAGUUCCAGGCCAUCUUCCGCCGGCUGAUGGUUCGGUGUGGGGUUACACCCAGUGAGACUGGCAAUGUGGCAGCACAAGACAACACCGUGUCCCUGUCUGCUGUUGAAAUGUCCUCUCCUGAAUCUAAUGAAGAGCAUCCCUGUCCUUUUGCUAGGAUUUCAGCCAUUCUGGAUGACCACAGCUAUCUUCCGACCAAGUUUGGUGGUCUGGUAGAAAAUGCCUUGGUUUACAUAUCUGGAUUUGUUGUGAGGCAGAUUCUGCGUAAACUAACCUGUGACCCAUGUCGAGUCAGUUUGAUUCAAGAUGCCACACCGUCUUCAUUUGAUGAGAAUUACCAUCUUCUGACUUUGAAAAAUAAUGGCGGGUUAGUGAUUCCCUCACAAGGCGUAGUGAAGGUGGUGAGAGCUGCAGAGAGGGUGAUUCGUGGUGCUUCACCAAACCAUCCUCCUAAGCUGUCCGCCGUCACAUACAUAGUCCGUGAAGACAUUGGAACAGAAGAUGUUUUCCAGCUUGGGGAACACACUCAGGAGACACAAUUUGGCAUUGACAAUCACCAUUCUGACUUGCUGUCAUUGGUUGUGUCUGUGUUUCUGAAGAUAAGGAUGCACCACAUUGCAAAAGUCACAUGUCUUGGUUUGCAGAAAGGCAACACCAGAAAAAAGCUCUGCAAAACUGUCCUAUUUCAAGGCUAUUAGAUUGUGUAAAAAUGUAAUGAAUAUGUAAAUACUGUCACAACAGAUAAGUAUGCAUGUGUGUAUGUGUGUAUAUAUGAGAUUAUAGGAAUAUAUA